AGCUUCUACAACUUCUCUUCAGCGUCUCCAAGUCCAACAGUUGUUCUUCUCGUAAUAUAAAUCUUACUAUAAUCUUUACUGUUCCUUUUUGCAAUUUUCAGAAAUUGAAAAGGUGUAAGAAUGCUGAAAGAGAAGCGGGAGCGAUUGGCCACCUCUACAGAUGUAUCCAAGGUUGAUCGAAUUAGCGUGCUACCGAAAGAAAUAUUAGGGUUGAUAUUGUCUUUGUUGACGGCCAAGGAACCUACUGCGACUAGCAUACUUUGUAGUUCAUGGAGAUACUUGUGGGCCUUAACUUUUAAGACGACGAUGGAUUUUGAUGGCACACAAUCAUUACAUAAGAUUAUUAGAUUUAUGGAAAAUUUUGGAUACACGAGUCCAUCACUGAGGAAGGCUUGUAUAGGGCCAUUGGAAGAGGAAAGGCGUAAGUUUGUUACAUGGGUUGAUCACGUUAUAGUGUCGAACCAGCGUUUGGAUCAGAGGUCCAAUCUCGAGGAAUUCAAAGUGUAUUUCGAUCUAAAUCAAACUCAUAGAGAAAGGAUUGAUGAUUGGCUCACCUAUGCUUUCAGUAGGAAGGUUGAGAGGUUGGAGUUGAGCUUAACCUCUUUAACAAAGGGUGUUUUUAGCUUCCUCGGUUAUCCUCAUUUGUAUUACGAGUUUCCGUAUAAAAGGGGGAAUUUGCCGAAUAAUUUUGAGGUGCUUAAGAAGCUAUGUUUGCAUUUUGUGAGUGUGAGCGGUGAAGUUGUGCAGUUGUUUCUGGAGAAGUGCCCUCUGCUCGAACAAAUGUCGGUGUCUCUAUCCCAAGCACUUUUGUCUCUGGAGAUUGUUGCGACUUUCCCCUCGUUUAAAUGCCUUGAAAUAAGCUCGUGCCACAAACUCAAAUCAGUCGUGCUUCGGGAUUCAAAUGUUGCCACUGUAAAGUACGGCGGCAAGAUCAUACCAUUUGUGUUCGUCAACGUGCCUCUCCUUACUCAACUUUGGAUCAACUCAUUGGCUGAUGGUCAAUUGAAAGAUUUUUUUGGCAUGUUUUCGCCUGUGCUUCCACAGUUAGAGAUGUUGAAAAUAUAUUCUUUCCACAUACAAUGGCAGGAAUCAACGGAGUUCGUUUCAGCGUUUAAGAUGCGUAACCUUAAGCAAUUGGUGGUGAACGUUAAGUUGUCUUGCAGAGCCAUAUAUUCACUCUUUCCCUCUGUUAAUUUAAUAAAUGCAGCACCUUCCUUGCAGAGAUUUGUGGUGGAGGCUGAACAUCAAGAUAGCGAGAAAGACGAGUCGUUUGAUGUUGCUGUUGCUAGAACUUUUACUCAACUCAUUCAGAGGGCCAAUAUUGUUCAAAUUAAGGAAGUCGAAUUUGUUGGUUACCGUGGCGUGUUUAAUCAUCUAGAGUUGAUUAAGUACUUUGUGGAGAAGGAUGUUGCACUAGAAAAUAUAAUUAUUGAUCCACGGAGUUUUAAGUUUCAGCUGCAUCGGCGGUGGGAUCGCAUUUAUCUACACAAGGCUGAAGAUGAAGUAUUUGCGAGGGUUGCAAAGGAGCAGCUUAAAGAGCAUGUCCCUUCAAGAAUAAAUGUGAAAAUCCUUUAGUUUUUUAUACUCGUUAUUUGUGGUGCGAAUUGCGAAACUAUGUGGGUUGAUAAGUGUAAUGAAUAUAUCGAAAAGAUGAUUGAAUAUA